UUCUGUUUUUAGUCUGCUGUAGCAGACGGCUUCUCAGCUACGAAAACAAAUCCCGUUUGUCGGAACGGGGUAACACAAUACAGCGAUGGCAUUAAAGACUUUGAGGUCGAUAAAAUAUAGUGUCCCCGAAAGAUUAUUGUUUAGCUGUAUUCAUCAAAAUUCAAAGGAAACUAACAUUAUUACUAAUCACUUGCAUAUACGACCAUGGAAGGUUAUGUUCUUCGGUACUGAUGAUUUUUCUUUAGGAAGUUUAACUAAGCUGAAUGAGGCAUUCUCGUCAGGGACUGUUAUUUCUAGAUUAGAAGUGGUAUCUUCUAAGUACCGUUUAAACCCAGUCAGAUUAUUCUGUCAAGAAAAGAACCUGGUGGCUCAUGAAUGGCCAGUAGAUUUAAGAGCCUUAAAUGACUUUGAUAUUGGUCUAGUAGCUUCCUUUGGUCAUCUCAUUCCCAAAAGUGUUAUUGAUGCCUUUCCACUGGGCAUUUUAAACGUUCAUGGGAGCUUGCUUCCCAGAUGGCGAGGUGCUGCUCCAGUCAAUUAUGCUGUAAUGCAUGGCGAUUCAGUCACUGGUAUUUCUAUCAUGCGCAUUCAGCCCCACGAGUUUGAUAAGGGAGAAGUAUUGAAGCAAAGAGAAGUUGAAAUAGCUCCUAAUGAGACUGCCGUCAACUUACGAAAACGGAUGAGCGAUAUUGGUGGAGAUGUAUUAUUAUCAUGCAUACAAAGAUUGCCGCAGUGUCUUGAGGAUGCUCGUCCUCAACCGAAGGAAGGCGUUACUUAUGCUCCAAAACUUACUGACGAUUCAGGCAUUGUAAGUUUCAAAACAAUGACAGCCCAAUGCAUUUUUAACCACUUCCGAGCGCUGCAUACCAUUGUUCCAUUGGUUGCCACAUGGAUGGAAAUGAAAAUCAACCUACUUGAUGUAUCAGUUGACGAUGCAAGCAGUGGUACCCGAACAGUUUUAGAAGGUCAAGUGCGGUAUGACAAAAGAGGCAGGCAUUUGGUGGUGACCUGUUCUCAAAACACUCACUUGAUCAUAAAGCGUUUAGCACCAUUCAAACGAAAACCAAUGACUGCUCUUGAGUUCUACAAUGGGUAUUUGACAAAGAAAAACAAAAGCCUCUGGACAUUUAGAUGAAGAUAAAGAAAUGUAGAUUUAGUUUCCACAGUAUAUGCAUUUCUCCAGCUAUUGCCAGACUACGAAAACAUGUAGACCUGCGAAAAUCAUGAAUUGAAGUUUGUAAUCAAAAUGAAAGUGUGAGACAAGAGUUGGGCAGGUACAUUUUAUUCUACGGUGAGUGCGUGUCUGAAUAUAACGCGUUGCCACAUACCUGAUCUAUAUCACUGAGAAAUGUACAGUAUUCAUAGAUUAUCUUCUGUACAAAAUAGAGAGAUAAAUACAGGGUCAA